UGUCAUAAAAUAACAUGUUAUUGAAAUGAAAUGUGACAUUCAUUUGACGUUUGAAAAAUGGCUGGUGCGUUGACGAGGGUAAUUCAGGGAUCCAAAACGCAUUUGGGCAUCGUUGCCCCAUUGGUGAACAUCAACAAUGGGUCAGUUCGAUUCCAACAGACCAAGACGAAAUUUGGACCUUUGGCGGACAGCGAUCGCAUCUUCACGAAUCUCUACGGCCGUCAUGACUGGCGACUGAAAGGAGCCCUUAAGCGAGGAGAUUGGUUCAAGACUAAAGAUAUCCUAUUGAAAGGGACUGACUGGAUUGUCAAUGAACUCAAGACAUCAGGUCUCCGAGGUCGUGGGGGUGCCGGUUUCCCUACCGGGAUGAAAUGGUCAUUCAUGAACAAGCCAUCAGAUGGACGUCCUAAGUACUUGGUAGUGAACGCCGAUGAGGGUGAGCCUGGAACUUGCAAAGAUCGUGAAAUCAUGCGACAUGACCCGCAUAAGUUGAUUGAAGGGUGUCUGAUAGCCGGCCGGGCUAUGGGUGCUCAAGCUGCAUACAUUUAUAUCAGAGGAGAGUUUUAUAACGAAGCUAGUAACUUGCAAGUGGCAAUUGCAGAGGCAUAUCAAGCAGGUCUGAUUGGCCGUAACGCUUGUGGGUCUGGCUAUGACUUUGAUGUGUUUGUCCACCGCGGUGCCGGAGCUUACAUCUGCGGUGAAGAGACAGCACUCAUUGAGUCCAUUGAAGGCAAGCAGGGCAAGCCACGCCUAAAGCCACCUUUCCCCGCUGAUGUUGGUCUCUUUGGUUGUCCUACAACGGUGAAUAAUGUGGAGACUAUUGCUGUUUCACCUACAAUCUGCCGUCGCGGUGGUUCGUGGUUCGCAUCGUUCGGUCGUCCGCGUAACUCUGGCACGAAGUUAUUUAAUAUCUCCGGCCAUGUGAACACUCCUUGCACCGUUGAGGAGGAGAUGAGCAUACCGCUGCGUGAACUGAUAGAGAGACACGCUGGUGGAGUCACUGGUGGCUGGGAUAACUUGCUGGCCAUCAUUCCUGGAGGGUCAUCAACACCGUUGAUUCCUAGAGACGUGUGUUCUGACGUUAUGAUGGACUUCGACGCGCUGGUUGCUGCUCAGACAUCACUUGGUACAGCGGCCAUCAUCGUGAUGGACUGCUCCACUGACAUAGUGAAGGCCAUCGCACGUCUCAUCAUGUUCUACAAGCACGAGUCCUGCGGACAGUGCACGCCCUGCCGUGAGGGUGUCUCCUGGAUGAACAAGAUCAUAUACAGAUUUGUGGACGGUAACGCUUCGCCAAAAGAAAUAGAUAUGUUGUGGGAAAUAUCCAAGCAGAUUGAAGGUCACACUAUCUGCGCGCUGGGUGACGGCGCGGCGUGGCCGGUGCAGGGACUGAUCCGACACUUCCGUCCUGAGCUGGAGCGCCGCAUGGCCGCCUACGCCGCCUGCCACGGCCCCAGCAAGGCCGAGAGAUUGUACUAGACAACUCCACAAGGCCUUUGAGGGCCCUUAUCAUCCGUUGAAGGCCAUAAGACGUAGGGCCUUUUUGAGACAUAAGGCCCUUUUUCAGGACCCUUAGAUUGUAUCAAAGAUCAACUCAAGGUACUUCAUGUAAUUGAUAUUCUAGUUAAAAAAAUAAAUAAUUCCUAAGUCUAGGUUCUUACAAGUCCGAAAGGCCCUUAUGCCUUAAAAAGGCCUUAUAUCCAUAUUAGGGCUAGAAUGUGAUAGAAUAAUCAUUAAUGUUUUAUGACUUCACUAAAUAAAGGCGAUUGUUUGAUUUUUUUUCUAUAUCAAUAAAA